GUCAUGUGACAAUAACACAACUCUGCUCAGCACAGACUCCUGCAACAUUUUGCUGAUACUCCCCUCUUUAUUACCAUUUGCACAUUUCAAUGCGAAACGAAUAUAGAAGAAGAAGACUGUCAGUUAAAGUGCAUCACGCGCACACACGCACGCGCUACACUCAGGGUCGUUGUCCCCUUCAGUGAAGCAGCAUGGCUCCGUUGAAGUUCUGUGCCAAUAUUUCCUGGCUCUUCACGGAGCUUCCUGACUUCCACCAGAGGAUCUCCGCGGCUGCUGCGGCCGGCUUCCAGGCGGUGGAGGCGGCCUGGCUGUACGAGUCCGACUUGGAGCAGCUCCGGAGGGCCAGAGAGGCUGCGGGGGUGGAGCUGGUCCUCAUCAACACUCCGCCAGGAGAUAUAAAGGGAGGGGAUCUUGGUCUCGGAGCAGUUCCUGGGAGAGAGGCAGAGUUCAGACAGGGUCUGGACCUGGCUUUGAAGUAUGCAAGAGCUUUGGAGUGCAAAAGAAUCCACCUGAUGGCAGGAAGGGUUCCCAUGGGCUCACAGAGAAAGGCGGUUGCCAAGGAGAUGGAGGCCGUCUUUGUGCAGAACCUAAAGUAUGCUGCUGAUAUCCUCUCUAAGGAAGGAAUCACGGGUUUGAUAGAACCAAUCAACACAAGGAUAACAGAUCCCAGGUAUUUCCUGGACUCUCCUCAUCAGGCUGCUGAGAUACUGGAGAAGGUUGGAAAGCCAAACAUUAAGCUGCAAAUGGACGUCUUUCACUGGCAAAUAAUGGAUGGAAACCUGACACAAAACAUACACAAGUAUCUUCCGCUUAUUGGUCAUGUUCAGGUGGCUCAGGUUCCCGGUAGGAACGAGCCUGACAGCGCCGGAGAGCUGGACUACAGAUACCUGUUCAACACGCUGGAAAGGCUGCAGUACCAGGGAUACAUCGGCUGUGAAUACAAGCCUCUGGGCUCCACACAGGAGGGUCUGGGCUGGAUCAGAGAUUACUGCACACACAGCGAGUGAGGAGCAGGGUCCCGUCACGCAGCUGUGUGGGCUUCAAGUUUCCUGCUUAAGGAUUGGUAUACUUUUUUACUACUUGAGUCAUUUCACAAACCAACAUUGAAUUGGUACACUUAUAAUUGUUAUGAUUUAAUUAUAUUGUUUUACUUAUUAUACCAUGUAGAUAUUAAGAAUUGUCCUGUAAAAAA